UCGCUAGCACCAUUCGCAGUUUCAGGUGCAGAGGUGUUGGAUGCUUUGAUUUUAACCAGCCGGAUAAUGAAAGUUUUCCUGGGAUAUUUUCCAUAUUUACUGCUUGCGCUUUCGCCAACAUUGGUGAAGGGUCAAGGUCAUGUGCUCGAUAAGCCCGUAACGGAGCUUUGCCUCACCUGCAUAUGCGAAGCCAUCAGCGGCUGUAAUGCCACGGCGAUUUGUAUCAGUUCGGAAAAGGGAGCCUGCGGCAUUUUUCGCAUCACCUGGGCCUAUUGGGUGGACGCUGGAAAACUGACUGUGAAUGGAGAGUCUCCUGACUCUGAAAAGGCCUUUAUCAACUGCGCUAAUGAUCCUCAUUGUGCCGCUGACUCAGUGCAGAACUACAUGCAGAAGUUCAAUCAGGAUUGCAACGAUGAUGGCGAGAUGGAUUGCCGGGACUAUGCUAAAAUCCAUAAAUUGGGCGCCUAUGGAUGCCUAGCGGAUCCGCCUUACAAUUAUCAAAAUACUUUCGAUGAGUGCAUUCAGAAAUACGAAGAUGAGGGAUUUAAGUAAAUUAAUAUCUAUUAAUUUUUCAAGUUAAAUAUCUCUCUAUGUUAGUAAACUUACAUUUUGUGUGGCAAAUAAAUAACGACCGGGAAUCACCCCGGAUUUAAAAGUA